CUUGGCUACCCCGCCGUUCCCCCGUCCCGCUGCCGCUCACCUCCCCGGGUGAAACUCUGACUCCGUCACCGCGGGCCUCGGCUGCGUCAUAGCGGCAGGCAUCCCACCUUCACGUCACACAUCCUCCUCACCUGGACACGCAUUCCUCCCUCCCUGUCAACCACUACGUUUCCUUUCCCCCUCUCCAAUCCCUUUACGCCAGAUCUGGCGAGAGAAGAUGGAGACGAGGGUGGGACUGAGUUGUGGACGACGCUCAGGAAAGGGUCGCAAGUUAAAUAAUGGCAGAGACAAGUCUCUUAGAUGCUGGGGCCUCUGCAGCCUCCACAGCUGCGGCACUGGAGAACUUACAGGUGGAAGCUAGUUGCUCUGUGUGCCUGGAGUAUCUGAAGGAGCCUGUCAUCAUUGAGUGUGGGCACAACUUCUGCAAAGCUUGCAUCACGCGCUGGUGGGAGGACCUAGAGAGGGACUUCCCUUGUCCUGUCUGUCGAAAGACAUCCCGCUACCGCAGUCUCCGGCCUAAUCGACAACUAGGCAGUAUGGUGGAAAUAGCCAAGCAGCUCCAGGCUGUCAAGCGGAAGAUCCGAGAUGAAAGCCUCUGCCCCCAGCACCAUGAGGCCCUCAGCCUCUUUUGCUAUGAGGACCAGGAGGCUGUAUGUUUGAUAUGUGCAAUUUCCCACACCCACCGGGCCCAUACCGUCGUGCCACUGGAUGAUGCCACACAGGAGUACAAGGAAAAAUUGCAGAAGUGCCUGGAGCCCCUGGAGCAGAAGCUGCAGGAGAUCACCCGCUGCAAGUCCUCUGAGGAGAAGAAGCCUGGAGAGCUCAAGAGACUCGUGGAGUGUCGCCGGCAACAGAUCUUAAAGGAAUUUGAAGAGCUUCAUAGGCGGCUGGAUGAAGAGCAACAGAUGUUGCUUUCACGACUAGAGGAGGAAGAACAAGACAUUCUACAGCGCCUCAGAGAAAAUGCUGCUCACCUUGGAGACAAGCGCCGGGACCUGGCCCACUUGGCUGCUGAGGUGGAGGGCAAGUGCUUACAAUCGGGCUUCGAGAUGCUUAAGGAUGUCAAAAGUACCCUGGAAAAAUGUGAGAAGGUGAAGACCAUGGAGGUGACUUCAGUGUCUAUAGAGCUGGAAAAGAACUUCAGCAAUUUCCCCCGACAGUACUUUGCCCUAAGGAAAAUCCUUAAACAGCUAAUUGCGGAUGUGACCCUGGACCCAGAGACUGCUCACCCUAACCUAGUCCUGUCAGAAGAUCGUAAGAGCGUCAAGUUUGUGGAGACAAGACUCCGGGAUCUCCCUGACACACCACGGCGGUUCACCUUCUACCCUUGUGUCCUGGCUACUGAGGGCUUCACCUCAGGCCGACACUACUGGGAGGUGGAGGUGGGUGAUAAGACCCACUGGGCAGUGGGCGUGUGCCGGGACUCCGUGAGCCGAAAGGGCGAGCUGACUCCACUCCCUGAGACUGGCUACUGGCGGGUGCGGCUGUGGAAUGGGGACAAAUAUGCAGCCACCACCACGCCUUUUACCCCUUUGCACAUCAAGGUGAAACCCAAGCGGGUGGGCAUAUUCCUAGACUAUGAGGCUGGCACGCUCUCUUUUUACAAUGUCACAGACCGCUCUCAUAUCUACACUUUUACUGAUACUUUUACUGAGAAACUUUGGCCCCUCUUCUAUCCAGGCAUCCGGGCUGGUCGGAAGAAUGCUGCACCACUUACCAUCAGGCCCCCAACAGAUUGGGAGUGACAGGUAGGGAUGUGGUAAUAAUUGGGGUGAGUCAGGGUCAAGAGCUAUGGGCCUUCCUUCCUGUGACCUGCUGGAACGUCUUUGUGUCUACCUGGUUCCAGUCCUGCACUGUCUAGGAGAAGCACCUUGGUUUCUAGAAUGGUUUAUAUGGAGGAGUAGAUAGGACUGGUCUGGGAUGAGAGCACAGUUGCGUCUCCCUCCUCUCAGGGUGGGGAGCUAGUUCCCAGGGGUUGACUUCCCUGAAGUCCAUCAGGUUUUCUAUUGCACAUGGAUAGGUUGGGAAGGAAGGAGAGGCAUUUCCGGAAACAGAAAGGCUAUGGGAGGGUCUGACUUGCUCAAAACCAGAAGAGGAAAAGAAACCCCUGUACAUCCUUUUAGGGGGUUGUUUGACCCAGAAUGGUCCUAUUUCUUGAGGAAGGUCAGAGGGGUCUGUGUACCCGUAGACUAAAAUAAAGAUGAAUGAUAGUUGCUCUUAUGGGUCUAGAAGUUAAGGAGUUUUGUUUUUUUUGAGGGCAGAGAUUGAGCAUCAAGAUUAGAAAGAAAGUCGGGAAAGGGGCUAAAGGAACAGAUUCCUAGCAACUAAUGA